AUGUCCACGCCAACGAGUCCCGUCGACCUCCCCCAUCGGUCGGGGACUUUGACCAGUUCCUUUACGCGGAGGAGCUCUCUGAGUGAUGACGAGGCGAUUCCGGACUCGGAUGUCACUAAGCCAACCAACCUCUUGAUUGAACGUCUUCGGGCAUGGAAGCACCUAUGUGCCUACCUCGAGGAUUACGUGGCCGCGACGGCCAAGGUGCAAAAGUCGCAGUCGAAGGAUUAUGAGAAGGUUCUGAAGGCUAUUGCCGAGCCCUUGAGGGAGGCGCAUCAUUUCAGUGACAGCCCUGGUGGUGUCUCUAGCUCUUUCGAGAACCUCCGUACGAAUACUCAGGGAAUGGUGACUAUGUUCCUUGAAACGGAGAGGAGCCUGAGGACUAUCGUGCUACCGAUCCUCGAGCGACUUCAUAAAGAGAUAAAGGCCAAGUCUAAAGAGCUGCAUUCUGGAGCAUCGAAGAGUGCCAAAGCGGUGGAGAAGGCUCGAGGCGUCACCCAGAAGCAUAUCGAGCUCCUGGCCCAGCAGGCGGCCGCCUUUGACGCAGCGGCCCACAGCAAGAUCGAGCAGUCUCACGACCCUUACAUCCUUCGUCGGGGCAUCAAUUACCGUCUGAACAAGCAGGUUAUUGAGGAAAACAAUAACCGCCAAGAUGUCCUGGCCGUGCAGAACUCUUUCCAGCAGUUCGAGGCCCACGUUCUGCAGACCAUCCAGGGCAGCCUCGAUCAGUUCUUCCAGGUCGUUGGAAGUCAGCUGGACCGCCAGCGUGCCAUGUACAGCGAGAUCCUGGCAAACUUCCAGCGAAUCCCUCCGGACUUUGAGUGGGUCAACUUCGCCGUGCGGAAUGACCAGACUCUCGUCAACCCAGACUCACCCAAGAGGUCGCUGUCUAACAUUAAUUUCCCUAACCAAGAUCACCGGUCUACCAAGCCGUUGAUUGAGGGUACCUUGGAACGAAAAUCCCGUGCCAUGUUGAAAGGCUACAGCAGUGGAUACUACGUAGUCACGCCAGCUCGAUAUCUCCACGAGUACAAGGACACUGAUGACUUCCGUCGUGACCCUACUCCUGAGCUGUCUUUGUAUCUUCCUGAAUGCCUAGUCGGUGCUAUUGACGGCACCAAGUUCACUAUCAAGGGCAAGGACGUGUCGAGCGGCAAAGUGGGCAAUGCCUUCCAUACCAACACCGAGUUGAGCUUCAAGGCCUUUUCUCCCAAUGAAGCAGAAAAGUGGUGGACGGCCAUCAAAAACGCAAACCAGGGCACAGUCCACCUUCCUGCUGCCGCCGAUGUUCAUCCGCCGCCAUAUGCAGAAAAGGCCCAUGAGGCAGAAACAAAGGGCGAAGCCGCAGCAGCUAUCCCCGAGACCGGUGGUCAAAGUACGGGUACCACAGCGGUUGCUUCGGGCGCGGCAAACGCUGCUGCUACAACUGCUGUGGCCGGUGCGGCCGAGAAGGCCGAGAAGGCCGAAAAGGCAUGA